AUGAAACUUCUUAUCAAUGCAGGAGGCCGUCCACUUCUGGUCUCUAAGCCCAAAGGCAAUUCAUCUCAAAUUUGCAAAUAUUGGAUCAAUGGAAACUGCGUCCAUGGUGAUCACUGUUGGAACUUGCAUUCUUGGUUUUAUGGCGAUGGCCUUUCUAUCCUCACUAAGCUCCACCAACACAAGACGAUUAUGACUGGGAUUACACUUCCAGUCGGAUCGGACAAACUCUUUUCUUGUAGCACCGAUAGGACACUUCGGGUAUGGGACUGUCAUACGGGUGAAUGUGUUAAUGUGAUAAAUCUGGGUGAAGAGGCAAGGUGUUUGAUCAGUAUGGGUUCAUGGGUUUUUGCUGGUUUGAAGAAUGCUGUUAAGGCAUGGAACAUUCAGACUGCUGCUGAGAUCACUCUUGACGGACCUAAGGGUCCUGUACUUUCCAUGGCUGUUUGCAACGAAAUUUUUACUGGAGCUAUGGAUGGUGUUAUUUAUGCAUGGAGACUCACUUCUGAAGCAAAUUUUCCAUUUAAACCAGUAGCAACAUUGAACGGCCACACCAGAGCUGUCGUUUCCUUAACUGGUGGACCUGGGUACAAGUUAUAUUCAGGUUCUGUGGAUCAUAGCAUCAAGGUUUGGGACCUCAACACAUUACAAUGUACCAUGACGUUGAAAGGGCACACUGAUGUAGUGACAUCCCUUAUUUUCUGGGACAAAUACUUAUUUUCAAGUUCUUUGGACAGCACAGUAAAGCUUUGGACUUCAACUGAUCAUGAACAAUCAACUAUGGAAGCAGUGUACACGCAUCAAGAAGAAAGUGGUGUGGUUAGAAUCAACGGCAUGAUUGAUGCAAAAGGGAAACCCAUAUUGUUUUGCUCCUGCAGCAACCAUUCAGUUAGCCUGUACGAAAUGCCAACGUUUGCUGCAAGAGGAAGAUUAUUCUCAAAGCAAGAGAUUAGAGUAAUAGAAGAAGGCCCUGGUGGACUCUUUUUCACGGGAGACGGCACUGGUUUGCUCACUGUCUGGAAAUGGCUAGCAGAUGAAUCGGAGCCUAUGGCCUAUCUUCAUGAUUCCUAA